CAGCCAGGUUUCCCUGCAGAAGUGAGCUCAAGGAACCAAGGAAGGGCAGACCGACAGGCAGAGGGUCUCCCCACCCCCCACCCCUUGACACCAUGGAGUAUAUCAACACCCUGGCAACCUCGGCUCUGAUAAAGUCAGUAUCAAAUGUAGGCUCAGAACUCACACGGCGCGUUUGGGCCCCGAAUCCCCCGCCCCAGCGGCCCUUCCGGGUAUGUGACCACAAGCGCAGCGUGCGGAAGGGGCUGACCGCAGGGACCCUGAAGGAGUUGCUGGUCAAGGCAAGGGAGACGCUGCUGGUCUCGCGGAUCAUUUCCUUGGUGCUGGAGGAAGACGGUACCCUGGUAGAGACGGAGGAGUUCUUUGAGGUUCUGGACGAUAACACCACCUUGAUGGUCCUGGAGAAGGGUCAGAAGUGGAGCCACGCCAAGGGCGGGAGCCGGUCGUACGCGCUCAGCCGGGAGAAGCCGCGCAACAGCCGGGACAUCGCCCGCAUCACUUUUGACAUCUACAAGCUCAACCCACGCGACCUCUUCGGCAGCCUCAACAUCUCGGCCACCUUCUACGGGCUCUACUCCAUGAGCUGCGACUUCAAGUGCCUGGGACCCAAGAAGGUGCUGAGGGAGAUACUACGGGUCACAUCGGCUGUCAUGCAAGGCGUGGGCCACAUCCUCCUGGGGGCUGCCCACUACAUCCAUCGAAUCCUGGAGGGCGGCGAGAGCAGGCACCGUAACGCCAGACUGCAAAGCUAUGAAGACUGAGGCCUCCGCUCCUGCUCCCGCAGCAGCGAGGCUGAAUUCCCAACCACCACCCCAUUCUUGCUGCAGCCCAGCCAACGGCAAGGCUGGGAUUUAAAUCUGGGACGGCAAAUUAAAAAGGUAUUUCAAAACACCAA